GCCGAUGGUAGAUAACGAAAAAUGAAAGAUCAUUUAACCGAUAGCAAGGUGAAGGAACUUCAAGCCAUGCUUUUCCCAGUUCAGCCGAUUCCUGGCGGAGCGCUGGCAAACUUAAAUAAACUCCAGGAGUUACAAUUGCUGCAGCUGGGACGAUGCGAUCUAUCGCGAAGGGAAACGGAGUUGUCGCUGCUCUCUAUGCCUUUUGGAACCAGGGAUGAUCAGUCGCAAGAAACUCUUCGAAGCAUAUUGGACACUCACUGUACGAUAGAUGGUAUCAUCCAGGAGACUGCUAGAUGGCCCACGGAGUGCCAAGUACUUCCUGAAAGAGUCAGGCACAUCGAAUACGCUCCGUCCGUUCCAGAACCGUUCUACGUGCCAACCGGAAAGGAACCAAGACCAAAGCCAUUAGGAGACGAGUUUGGAACUGUGAUGUUUCGAUACCAUCCAACCAGCGUCACCAGUUAUUUUAGUAGAUCCUGCGUAGGCGGUAGCACGGUCGCGCCGUUCCCAGCCCAAUUUCCAGCCGAUUCAAAUGGAAAUGAAUCAAAGAACGUCGAGACUAAUAGCAGCAACGUGUUGUUAGUAACCAGAGUGUCCGACCUGAUGGACACUAACAGCGAUUUACACUUUGAAUCCCGUUUCGAAUCGGGAAACCUUUGCAAAGUCGUAAAGAUCACUGACACGUAUUAUCAAUUGUACCUUAGAAAGGAUCUUUAUACUCAAAGGCAUACCCAGUGGUAUUAUUUCAGGAUAUCAAAUACGAGGAGCAGGACAAAUUAUAGAUUGUCUAUCGUAAACCUUUGCAAAGAGGAAAGUCUGUACAACGAAGGUCUUCGACCACUUUUGUACUCGAUCGAGGACGCCAAGACGCGAGCCGUUGGUUGGAGAAGAUGCGGUGAAAAUAUCGCUUAUUACAGGAACGAUUCAUCAAGUGACGAAGAAAAAGAAAAGCACACAUUAACGUUCAACGUCUCUUUCCCUCAUGACAGAGACACUGUCUAUUUAGCACAUUGUUAUCCAUAUACAUAUACCGAUUUACAGGAAUAUCUUGCCAAAUUAGUCGCGGAUCCUAUAAAAUCCAGAUAUACUAAAUUACGACUGCUGUGUCGUACGUUGGCUGGAAACAGAGUUUAUUACCUAACCAUCACUGCGCCUACCUACGAUGACGAAGUACGAAGGAAAAAAGGCAUCGUUAUCACGGCGCGAGUUCAUCCCGGAGAAACUCCAUCUAGCUGGACGAUGAAAGGGAUUAUUGAUUUUCUAACCGGGGAAUCGAAUCAAGCCAGAGUACUGCGAGAAAGAUUCGUAUUCAAACUAGUCCCUAUGCUAAACCCGGAUGGCGUUAUUGUUGGCAACAAUCGUUGCUCGCUUUCGGGAAAAGAUCUGAAUAGGCAAUAUAGGACUGUGAUGAGAGAAAGCUACCCCUCGGUCUGGCAUACAAAGUUAAUGAUUCGACGAUUACUGGAAGAAUGCGGAGUGGCCAUUUAUUGUGAUCUACACGCUCACUCUAGGAAACACAAUAUAUUCGUUUAUGGCUGCGAAAGCAAAAGAACCGCGUCGCAGACAAAACUCUCCGAACAAGUGUUUCCUCUGAUGCUACACAAGAACGCAGCUGACAAAUUCUCUUUUGAAAACUGCAAAUUUCACGUGGAAAAGGAUAAAGAAGGUACGGGAAGGGUUGUAGUGUGGUCCAUGGGAGUGCAAAAUAGUUACACGAUGGAGGCGUCGAUGGGAGGGACGAAAAUAGGGUCUAGAUCUGGCACCCAUUUUUCUACACAAGAUUACGAGCAAAUUGGGAAAGUAUUCUGUGAAACUCUGUUGGACUUCUUUGAUCCAGACCCUAUGAAGGAGAAGCUUCGGAGCAAAAUAAUUACUAGGCUAAUGAAGGGUGGUUCCAAUGCCGAAGAACCGACGAACAUCGACUUAACCGAUUAUUCCAGUGAUGAAGGGGAUACAUCGGAUAGUUCAAUCUCAGAGAAGGAAGAAAUAGAAUUUCUAGAAGGCACAUGGAACUAUACAUUGAAGGAGCCGCCUGUUUCGCCGCAAUAUUUAUGCGCGCCACCACCUACGCCAACAUUUAUUCCUACUCGAAGUUUAGAAUUAGCGAGAAGAAGAAGCAAAAAGGGAACCGGCGCCAACAGGGGCUACCUUCGACGCAAAAGGAUGCUGACUAGAAGAGCAGUGAUGGAUUUGCCAACUCUGGACCCGGGCAGCGAUUUGUGCGACUACAUUGAUUCAGCGGACGAAGGACUGACGGGGCCAGAACGUGAGAGCGCACCAUUGAAAUGUUAUUAAAACUAAACUGCGAGGUAUAUGUAAAAUUAUUGUUUAGGCUACUCAGAAAGAAUUCACGAAAAUUGCAAGGAAGAAGUUAUUCGAUUUAUGAACAACGAAACAGAAGAGAUCACCAGCGACGCACUGAUUUUACCGGAGAUAGUGAGAGCUCAUAGUAUGUCUUUAAAUGAGAAUUUCAGCGUCGAUAAGGAAGAAUCGAAGGCGAAUAGACGAUCCCAUUGUCUUCGCUUGGUUAGGAGUUUAAGACAUCGUUCACCUGUUCCAUUAAAAAGUCAAGAUAUACAAAUUAAGCUCAGUUCAUUGCGACAACAAAUAUGGAUGGGAGUUCCACUUGAUGCCGCAGAAACUAUCGAUAAAAGUAUCGAGCAUCCAAUUGCAAAGGGACCAUUAAGCUGGGGAAUAUCCAAUAUGGCAUUAACCCCGGAUAAAAUAAAUAAUAAAAUAUUACUGAAGAGCACCAAGAAAUUACAGUUUCUCAAAUAUAUCGAUACGAAAAACGAUACGAAGGAAGCACAAAAUAAAUAUAAACGUAAAGAUAUGACACGUUCGAAGGAAGACAAUUUAGGCGCGGAACCUCAGGACACCGAGCGGAAGCCGAAGAAAAAGAAAUCUCCUUUCAAAUGGCAGAAGAUAGUCAAUCUAAAUUCUAAAGUAGAAGAGGCGCGUCAUCGUAAAACGUCCUUUUUAACGAUCAAAGCUGACACUUUGAAAUUGGUCACGCUUGAGGUACCUUCCAAAGUACAAACGCGGCAGCACAAAAUUGAGUCCCGGAAGCAUCAAAAAGGUUGCGCCACUCGUGCCGUUUCCAACGGUGGGAAAACAUCGAGCAUCACGAAAUCUCAAAUCCGCUUGCAACCACACACACGCUCUCACAUACAUUUGCAACCCCUGAUCGUUCCUUUAUGCGACAGUUUUUCAUCAGACAAUGAGUCGACCGAUUCUCGCAAGCAGAGAAUCUCGAAGAAAAAAUACAAGAAGAAGCAACUGAAGAAAACGAAACCGGCUGCCGCGACGGAAAAGAAAAAGCGUGCUACUAGCGCGAGUGCAUUGCGAAAUCCCUGAAAGAUUUCACGUAAAAUUGAAUGGAUGGAUGUUCAACCUCUUUUUCGUACGUUUUUAAAUGUAUUUUGUAAGUAAGUAUUUAUUUACAUUUAAUAAAACUG